AGGGUGAAUAAAGCUAUCUUGGACCACCCAGCAUAGCCAACCUGUACUGAAUGAAGCCACAUGCAUAAGCCUAAGAGAAACCAGCAGAGGAAUCUCCGACUUUGCCCACAAGUUAGAGACAUAAACCACUGUUUGAGGCAGUUCGUCAUGCAGCAGUACUUAGCUAAAACUAUUACCUUGCUACCUUGGCUGCUGGGGUAAUUUCUCAUCUCAUGGAGCCACAGGGUUUUCUUGCCGACUGCAAUGAGUUGGCAAAUGGGAAUGAUGAUCACUGGCCUGUGUGUUUUCUGAUCCACUCCAUCCUCUGUUGUCAUCUCUAUACUGCAAAUGCCCUUUAUUCCUUUAAAUGCAAUGUGUCUUUCAAAACUGACUUGAAUGUCCUCACCUUUCAAGUGGAGUUACCUGCCAUUUUGAGUCACCUAUUUGGAGGCGAUAGGUAAAGACCCAGCGUAAUGCCUGUAUCCUCAGUAAAAAACAUUUGCUGGUACUUCUUCCUCCCCGGCCUGUGACCUGGCUGCUCUGGGCUUCUGAGGGCUCCCCCUAAACUCGCUCCACGAAAUGCCCUCUCCAUCCUGGCACACCCGCUCUCCUACCUUCACCCAGGGAUGGCCGUUAUCUCUGUGCGUCACGCGGGUAACUCCCAUCUGAACUGGGAACUGGGGCCUUAUGAUUUUCGGUACUUUUAUUUGAACGUGGGCUACGUCCCUGCAUGGAACACAGUUCCUGCCUUGAAGGACCCUUACUUAACACCUCUGCGGGAUGCCUGGACCCCACGACCCCACAGACGAAGAAGCCCAGCGUCAUCCCUGCGCGCCCCGCCUUCUCCGGCGCUUCCGGGUGCUGGCGCUGAGGGGGCGGGACGUGGUCGUGCGCAAGGCCUGCCGGGUGCUCGGGAUCGGAAGCGCCUUCUCCAGCUCGAGCCAUCGCAAGGCCGUGAGAAAGACCGGAAGCAGCAGCAUGCUGAUCCCAUUUUCAAUGAAGAAUUGCUUCCAGUUACUUUAUAACCACCAGGUCCCAGCAGCUGGCUUUAAGAAAACAGUAAAAAAUGGACUCAUUAUACAUUCAAUUUCCAAUGAUGUCUAUCAAAAUCUGGCUGUAGAAGACUGGAUCCAUGACCAUAUGAAUCUAGAAGACAAACCAAUUCUAUUCUUUUGGCGGAAUUCUCCCUCUGUUGUAAUUGGUAGGCAUCAGAAUCCUUGGCAGGAAUGUAACCUGAAUCUAAUGAGAGAAGAAGGUAUAAAACUGGCUCGGAGAAGAAGUGGAGGAGGAGCAGUCUACCAUGAUAUGGGUAAUAUCAAUUUGACUUUCUUUACAACCAAAAAAAAGUAUGAUAGAAUGGAAAAUCUGAAACUAAUUGUGAGAGCUCUGAAUGCUGUCCAUCCUCAGCUGGAUGUGCAGGCUACCAAAAGGUUUGACCUUUUACUUGAUGGACAGUUUAAAAUCUCAGGAACAGCUUCUAAGAUUGGCCGGACUACUGCCUAUCACCAUUGCACUUUAUUAUGUAGUACUGAUGGGACGUUCUUGUCUUCUUUGCUAAAGAGCCCUUACCAAGGGAUCAGGAGCAAUGCCACUGCUAGCAUACCUUCCUUAGUGAAAAAUCUUUUGGAAAAGGAUCCCACUCUGACCUGUGAAGUACUAAUCAAUGCUGUCGCUACAGAGUAUGCUGCUUAUCAUCAAACUGAUAAUCACAUUCACCUAAUAAACCCAGCGGAUGAGACACUGUUUCCUGGGAUAAAUAGCAAAGCCAAGGAACUACAAACCUGGGAGUGGAUAUAUGGCAAAACUCCAAAGUUUAGUAUAAAUACUUCCUUUAAUGUGUUAUAUGAGCAGUCACACUUGAACAUUAAAGUAUUCAUAGACAUAAAGAAUGGAAGAAUUGAAAUCUGUAAUAUUGAAGCACCUGAUCAUUGGUUGCCAUUAGAAAUACUUGACAAAUUAAAUUCAAGUCUUGUUGGCAGUAAGUUUUGUCCAACUGAAACUACCAUGCUAACAAAUAUAUUACUUAGAACAUGUCCACAAGACCACAAACUACACAGUAAAUGGAAUAUUCUCUGUGAAAAAAUUAAAGGAAUAAUGUGAUUCCAACUACAUUUCUUAAUACAGUUAAGUUAGAAAAUAAAAUGUCUCAUACAUGCACAUUGUUAUGUC